GCAAUUUCUCUCCAAGACGUCGAAUGUCUUUCGGCUCUUGCGAUUGCACAAUCCGGCUCGAGAUGAUGCGGGGAUUUUCCAGCCUUUUAAAUACGCCUAUUCUCAAUUCCACGCCUUCAUUCCCUGUUCUCAACAAACCAACUUGCCUGCAAUGUCCACCACAACUGUCACCCAAAUUCAACAGUCAUCGGUGCCUCAGGCUGCCCUGAAGCUUCGACCCCAAUCUGACGAACAAAAGAAUCGGGACGCAAAGCAAUCGGAGUACAAAUACUCCCAUUUGCUCCCUGCAUUUGACUCGCAGGAACGCUACCCGCCUCUGACGCCAUUCGAGCACGUCGAUCCUGGCUUUCGAGCACUGAAGCAUGCUAAUCCCCGUGCAUUCCUGGAGAAUGCUAAUGUUGUGGAACUAACCCCGAACCUGGGGACGGAAGUUCACGGUGUUGACCUUCUCAGUCUCGACUCUGAUGGACGUGAUCAGCUCGCGCUUGAAGUUGCGCGCAGAGGUCUCUUAGUUUUCAGGGAUCAGCAAGCUUUCAUCGACGCUGGGUCUGAAUCUUACCUCGAGUGGGGCAGACACUUCGGCCGGUUGCAUAUUCACCCUACUUCUGGCCACCCUCAAGGUUAUCCGGAACUACACCUCGUGUACAAGGACGAGAAUAAAUCCUUCAACUUUGAGAGGGACGAGAGUAUAACUACUUCCCUCUGGCACUCCGAUGUCUCUUAUGAGCUUCAACCUCCUGGCUUGACGACGUUUUUCCUCCUCGCUCAACCUUCCACAGGAGGAGAUACCCUGUUCACAAGUCAAGUUUCGACUUUGAGAAGACUUUCGCCUCAAUUUGUUGCUUUCCUUCGCACACUGAAGGCCGUGCACUCUGGGGUUGAGCAAGCGGAAUUCUCUCGCUCCGGCAAACGUGGUGGUGUAGUUCGCCGAGAGCCAGUCGAGCAUGUUCAUCCGGUGAUCAGAAGGCAUCCAGUGACUGGCGAGGAAGCUUUAUACGUCAAUAGACAAUUUACUCGUCGCAUCCUUGGACUCAAACGUGAGGAAUCUGAAACCCUUCUCAAGUUCCUAUAUGAUCACGUCGACAGGAGUGUUGAUCUCCAAGCACGAUUGAAAUGGACACCACACACCGUUGCUGUCUGGGACAACAGGAUUACAGCGCAUUCUGCCAUCGUAGACUACGGAGAGUCAAAAGAACGUCGCCAUGGUGCACGUAUCACUCCUCAGGCGGAAAGACCCAUUCCUGCACUAGACGGUUUGGACCUCAGCGCCUAAGUCAGGCAUUGUCGUUGUCCUGAUAAACUUGCCAAUGACCAUGUAUCAGAAUCGUUUUGUGUAAGCAACCGAAAUAAAAUCCAGUUUUGCUC